AUGAAUCCCAUAUAUAUUGCUGCUGCUACUAUAGGAACAUUUGUUUAUACAGCUGGACUUAUUGGAAACUUUUUUUCAUUAUUGCUUUUUACGCAAAAGGAAUUACGUCGAGUAUCAACAGGCUUACUGUUCCUUUUACUUAAUAUAACUAAUACAAUUCAUUUAUUAUCUCUGAUUUUCGAAUUUAUCGGCAGUCUACUUACCUUUGAAGUUUUCCCAUCAGAUGUAUUUCGAUGUCAAUUCGUCUUAUGGUUACAAAAUUCAACACUUACAAUAUGUUCUUUAUUAGCAACAACAAUAUCAAUUGAUCGUUUUCUACGUUCAGAAUAUCCUAUACUUUCACGCGUAUGGUGUACACCAAAGAAUGUUUUAAAACUUUCAAUAAUCUAUAUAAUAUGUUCUAUGUUACUUUAUGCAUUUUUCUUUCAUCCAUUAAAUAUCUAUGGCCAGUACGGCUAUUGUACAUUUACUUUCAAUGAUACCCUUUACACUUUAGUUAUGCAUGUUAUGCCACCUAUACGCUUCGCCAUUAUUUGUCUUAUACCAGUCCCUAUUAUGAUUGUAUGUAGUUGUCGAAUGCUUUUUAAUAUUGGAAAAUCAAGAAAACGUGUUGCCCCACAAACAGCAGCGUGUGGUCCACCAAUUGCACUUACUGUUGUCCCAAUAUUAAAACUAGCCACUACAAAUAUUAUUCACCGGCAAAAAAACGUACUAGCUACUGAUCGUACAUUAUUAUUAAUGGUUUCAAUAAACGUUAUUACAUAUAUAGUAACACAGUUACCAUUUAAUAUUUAUGCUAUUUAUUAUGGUUAUGAACAAUCAAAAAAUAAUGAUACAAAUUCAAUAGUACGAUCAUAUCUUCUGAUGUGGAGCUCAGUUUACUUUGGUGUUGGUUUUUAUUUAUAUUGUUCUGCUUCGCGACAAUUUCGAAAACAAUUUGUUACAAAAAUCAAAAAUUUAUUUCUUCAUCAACAUUUUUCAGGGACAGAAAAUUCUACAACAAGGAAUAACUAA